ACUAUUUCAUCGUGAAACUUCUAAUCAUGUCGAAUCCGUGGAAAAAAGUUACUGCGCCUGUGGAAUCGCAGAAUCUGACUGAUAUUAUGUCAGAGGAAUAUGCAAGAGGCCUUCAGGUGAAAGAAGAAUUGAAAUUUGCUGAGCAAAUAUCUGACUUACUAGUGAGUACUUCCGAAGAAAUGACCCCUGAAAUCCUGAAGCAGAUCGAGGAAGCCAAUGCUAAAGAGUAUUGUGACUCUGAUGCCCUAAUUGCACAAGUGUUGCAAUGUCAAUUCGACAAAGAGCAUGACGAUGAAAUUAAACGAGUGGAGAAAAAGAGGAACGGAGAUGCGAAGGUAUCAAUAUCUUACGAUAAUUACCGAAGCGUACCCGACCAUUUGGUAUAUGACUCGGACGAGGAAGAAGAUGUUGAAGUUGCUAAUAAAAAAGACUGGGAUCGGUUUGAAACUAACGAGAGAGAGUUCGCAAGUAUUCCGAAACAAGGCUUCGCUAUGAGAGGUGGAGAGAUGGUUACUAAGCAUGACAGCGUUUUAAGUGGCAGAAGGAAUGCAUGCCGCGUGAUGGCAUUCCCUCCAGAGGUUUGUACCGGCGACGGCGCGGGAUUCGACAUGAAACUGCCAAACUCUGUGUUCAAUCAUUUGAAGGAACAAACCAGACAACACCAGGCUCGCAAGCAUAAAAUGUUAGACCGUAAGGAGAGCCAAGCAACCGCUGAAAUGGGUAUGGAUGAAAGAACCAGACUCAUACUCUUCAAACUUAUAAAUAAUGGUAUUUUGGAGGAUAUCGAUGGAAUUAUCGCUGCAGGAAAGGAAUCUUUGGUUUUACAUGCUAAUGGAGAUACUUCUUACCCAGAUUUGGUAGUACCGAAAGAAUGUGCUAUUAAAGUAUUUAAAACUACUCUUAAUGAGUUUAAAACACGUGACAAGUAUAUAGAGGCAGAUUAUAGGUUUAAAAAUCGCUUCUCUAAGCAGAAUCCCCGUAAGAUUGUGCACAUGUGGGCUGAGAAGGAAAUGCAUAACAUGAAGAGGAUGCAAAAGAUUGGAAUGAACUGCCCCGAGAUGGUGUUGCUGAAGAAACACGUCCUUGUGAUGUCAUUCAUUGGUCGGGAUAGAAAGCCAGCUCCUAAACUCAAAGAUGUAAUCUUGAAGCCAGAGAAAUGGCAGAGUGUAUACAAUGAGAUUGUAGAAGCAAUGCAUAAGUUGUACAAUAUUGGACACUUGAUUCAUGCAGAUUUAUCUGAAUAUAAUAUACUGUGGUGGGAGGACAAGUGUUGGUUUAUUGAUGUCUCACAAUCAGUCCAGCCAAACCAUCCUAGUGGCUUGGAGUUUCUUCUGAGGGACUGCAAUAAUAUUGCCAAUUUCUUUGAGAAGAAAGGAAUUCCAAAUAUGAAGACAGCUGAAGACUUGUUCAAAUCAAUCACUGGUUUUGAAGAAGUUGAUGUUAACCUGCUGGCAGGGGUGCACACCAUAUACAAUUCCUUGUCUUCAAGAUUUGAAAUCUCCUUGGAUGACAACAGGAACACUGGUUACCCAUUUGAAUACUGCUGGGAGAAGGCCGUUGACAAUAAAGCUUCAAAGAGUGACAAAAGUGGUAAUGAGGAUUCCGAUGAAGAUGAAUUUGAAGAAAUGUGGGAAUACUCAAUCAAGGCCAAAAAUGUUGACAAUGCUGCUGACUUUGCUAAUGAAGUUACUCUUCCAAUUCCUAAGAAAAAUGAAGAAGGUCAUUCCAGGGACCUAAUUAUUGACAAAAAAGUCAAUUUUGCUAAUGAAAUUGAAGUGAUUAUACCAAAAUCAGAAAAUAUAAGUAUUUCUCGUAUUGAUAAAAAGUCUUAAAAGUUUUGAGUAUACAUUUUAUCCAAUU